AUGAAGCCAGGCUGUGCAGCAGGGUCUCCAGGGAAUGAAUGGAUUUUCUUCAGUGCCGAUGAAAGAAACAUACACUAUAGGAAAACAAUGUCCAACGAGGCGCUGCAAAGAUCUGUCAUCCUGUCAGCAUUUAUUCUGCUACAAGCUGUUACCGGCUUCUCUGGAGACGGAAGAGCUAUAUGGUCUAAAAAUCCUAAUUUUAGUCCUGUAAAUGCAAGUCAGCUGUUUCUCUAUGACACUUUCCCUAAAAACUUUUCCUGGGGUGUCGGGACUGGAGCAUUUCAAGUGGAAGGGAGUUGGAAGAAGGAUGGAAAAGGACCCUCUAUAUGGGAUCAUUUCAUCCACACACACCUUAAAAAUGUCAACAUUACGAAUGAUUCCAGUGACAGUUACAUUUUUCUGGAAAAAGACUUAUCGGCUCUGGAUUUUAUAGGAGUUUCUUUUUAUCAGUUUUCAAUUUCCUGGCCAAGGCUUUUCCCCGAUGGAAUAGCAGCAAUUGCCAACGCAAAAGGUCUGCAGUAUUAUAAUACUCUGCUGGACGCUCUAGUGCUUAGAAACAUUGAACCUAUAGUGACUUUGUACCAUUGGGAUUUGCCUUUGGCAUUACAAGAAAAAUAUGGGGGAUGGAAGAAUGAAUCCAUGGUUGAUAUCUUCAAUGACUAUGCCACAUACUGUUUCCAGAUGUUUGGGGACCGUGUCAAAUACUGGAUUACAAUUCACAACCCCUACCUAGUUGCUUGGCAUGGAUAUAGAACAGGUCUGCAUGCUCCUGGAGAGAAGGGAAACUUAGCAGCUGUCUACACAGUGGGACACAACCUAAUCAAGGCUCAUUCAAAAGUUUGGCAUAACUACAACAGAAAUUUCCGCCCACAUCAGAAAGGCUGGCUAUCGAUCACAUUGGGGUCCCAUUGGAUUGAGCCAAACAGAUCAGAAAACAUGGAGGAUGUGCUCAAGUGCCAACAAUCCAUGGUUUCUGUGCUUGGAUGGUUUGCCACCCCUAUUCAUGGGGACGGUGACUAUCCAGAGAUGAUGAAGAAGAAUGUGUUCUCCAUUCUACCCCUAUUCUCGGAAGCAGAGAAGGAGGAGGUGAGAGGCACGGCCGACUUCUUUGCCUUUUCCUUUGGACCCAACAAUUUCAAGCCCGUGAACACCAUGGAUAAAUUGGGGCAAAAUGUGUCACUCAAUUUAAGACAAGUGCUGAAAUGGAUUAAACUGGAAUAUGGCAACCCCCGAAUCUUGAUUACGGAGAAUGGCUGGUUCACAGACAGUUAUGUGAAGACAGAAGAUACCACGGCCAUCUACAUGAUGAAAAAUUUCCUCAACCAGGUUCUUCAAGCAAUAAGGGUUGAUGAAAUUCAAGUGUUUGGUUAUACUGCCUGGUCUCUCUUGGAUGGCUUUGAGUGGCACGAUGCUUACACCACCCGCCGAGGAUUAUUUUAUGUGGAUUUUAAUAGUAAAGAGAAAGAAAGAAAACCCAAGUCCUCAGCACAUUACUAUAAACAGAUCAUACAAGAAAAUGGUUUUCCUUUGAAAGAGUCCACGCCAGAUAUGCAGGGUCAGUUUCCCUGUGACUUCUCCUGGGGUAUCACUGAAUCUGUUCUUAAGCCCGAGUUCAUGGCUUCCUCCCCACAGUUUACUGACCCUCACCUGUACGUGUGGAAUGCCACUGGCAACAGACUGUUGCAUCGAGUGGAAGGGGUAAGGCUGAAAACGCGACCUGUUCAAUGCACAGAUUUUGUCAGCAUCAAAAAGCAAGUUGAGAUGUUGGUUAGAAUGAAAGUCACCCACUACAGGUUUGCUCUGGACUGGGCCUCAGUCCUUCCCACUGGUAACCUGUCUGAAGUCAACCAACAAGUUCUGAGGUACUACAGGUGUGUGAUCAGCGAGGGGCUGAAGCUCGGCAUCUCCCCAAUGGUCACGUUGUAUUACCCCACGCACGCCCAUCUAGGCCUACCCACGCCUCUAUUACACGGUGGGGGCUGGCUGACCCCGUGGACAGUCAAGGCCUUCCAGGACUACGCGGGGCUGUGCUUCCAGGAGCUGGGAGACUUGGUGAAGCUCUGGAUCACCAUCAACGAGCCUAACCGGCUGAGUGACAUCUACAACCGCACUAGUAAUGACAGCUACAGGGCAGCCCACAACCUGCUGAUCGCACAUGCCCUGGUCUGGCACCUCUAUGACCAGCAGUACAGGCCGUCCCAGCGUGGCGCGGUGUCACUGUCCUUGCACUCAGACUGGGCGGAACCAGCCAACCCCUACGUGGACUCACACGGGGAGGCGGCGGAGCGCUUCCUCCAGUUCGAGAUCGCCUGGUUCGCAGAUCCCCUAUUCAAGACCGGGGACUAUCCCACCACAAUGAGGGAGUACAUCGCCUCCAAGAAUCGGCGAGGGCUCUCCAGCUCUGCGCUGCCUCGCUUCACCGAGGACGAGAGCAGGAUGGUCAAGGGAGCUGCUGACUUCUAUGCCUUGAACCACUUCACCACUAGAUUUGUGAUGCACGAGCCGCAGAACGGCAGCCGCUACGAUUCGGACCGGGAUGUGCAGUUCCUACAGGACAUCACCCGCCUGAGCUCCCCGACUCGCCUGGCCGUGGUGCCCUGGGGAGAGCGCAAGCUGCUCAAGUGGAUCCGGAAGAACUAUGGCGAUGUGGAUAUCUACAUCACUGCCAAUGGCAUCGAUGACCAGUCUUUGGAAAAUGAUCAACUCCGAAAGUACUACUUGGAGAAGUACGUUCAGGAGGCUCUGAAAGCAUACCUUAUUGAUAAAGUCAAAAUCAAAGGCUAUUUUGCAUUCAAACUAACUGAAGAAAAAUCUAAACCCAGAUUCGGUUUCUUCACAUCCGAUUUUAAAGCUAAAUCCUCCGUACAAUUUUACAACCACCUGAUCAGCAGCAGUGGCUUCCCUGCAGAGAACAGUAGUUCUAGAUGUACUCAGACUCAAGGAAAAGCAGAAUGCGUUGCCUGCUCAUUUCUCCUGCAGAAGAAACCACUGAUAUUCUUUGGUUGUUGCUUCUUCUCCACCCUGCUUCUACUAUUAUCAAUCACCAUUUUACAUCAGCGAAAGAGAAGAAAAUUUUGGAAAGCAAAGAACUUACAAAACAUACCAUUAAAGCAAGGCCACAAGAGAGUUCUUAGCUAAAGUGAUCUGUCUUCACAGCUUAAAAAUUCACUCCAGUUCUAUAUACUGGGAACUUACAGUAUACCUGUAUAGUAUAAGAAAGAAAACAAUUUGAGAUAUAGCAGUAAUCAAGGUGAUGACAAUCAAUGUCUCUGCAGUGUGGUUUCCCUUAGGUACUGACAUCAGCAAAUUCAGUUCUUGGAGCUGAAGAGUAAGAAAGACUUCACCCUGACUAUAAACUAUGAAGAUUACCUGGUAAAUUGCUUCAGAAGUGUAAUGUGUUGUUUUCCAUCAUUAUUCUCUAGCUUCUCUAAGUAUCAAUAGCUUCUCAUGGUUAAAAGUAUUAUUUUUAAAAAGUGAAAGUUUGUUUUAUCAGACUCCAUAGCAGAGAUUUAAAACUAUUCUUUAAACUGGAUAGUAAGUGACAUACUCUGUCACUUCUAACAAGGUGCUUGUUUUGCCCUGUAGGUCAGGGUGGUUCUCAAAUGGAAAGCAAAAACUCAACAAGGUAAGCAGUGCUUGUCUAUAGGUAGUUAUGGCAGACUCUAAAAUGCAUCAAUCUGUUUUUCUCAAAAAAACUAUCAAGUAUUUCAAAAAAUCUAAAUUUGUGAGAUAGGUUUUUCUCAAAAACAUUAUCAAGCACUUCUAAAAUAUCUGAAUUUAUGAGCUCUCUCUCAUUAAAUUUCUGAUUUUUAGAAAAAUUCAACUCCCAUAACUCACCUCAUGGAAAGAUCAGAGGAUGAAGAUUAAAAGUGGGGACUCAACUAUGAAGAGAGGAAGUCACUUGACCUGACUAGUAUAGAAAUUUUACCUUUAAAUAAAUUGGCAUUGUUUCUUCUCCCCUGAUUUUUGUGAAGUGAAAAACAAGAUUUGUUAUACUUAAGAAAGCUAAAAAGAUGCAAAUUUUAUUUAUUGGUUGUCAAUAGCAAAGUAUCAUAUUAUUUGAUAAGACCUGCUCUUUCCCCUGAAGAGUUUCACUGCUUUUCACAUGCACAAAAGGUACAAAAUGUGGCCAUUUCUGGACCUAGUAAUGUGACUCUUUAGAUGAAUCAAGUAUUAUUAGUCUAAAUGAGUUUAAAUUGUUUUAUUUACUCCUUUGUAAGGCUAGGAUUAAGUAAAUUCUUGAAACUGAAUUGAGAGUAUUUUUUAAAUGAACUUGAAUGUAUACCAACAUAUGCCUAUUCUUUUUUAGAUGAAUCAAUAUUCAAAUAACUCCCCUUAUACAUAUUCUCUGGCCCCUCCAGGAAUUUAGAGCCCAAGGAAUAGUUCCUUUCAAAUUGCCUUAGUAGGAAACUAUCCUAAAUUAAGGUAGUUUUCAUUAUACUAGAACCACCUAUUGUCAGAAGCCAAAUGUACAUAAUUGGGAUUCUAAUUGAUAACGAACAGCAGUUACAUUUCAAAGAUGGUGUAAGAUAAAAUUGAUCACGCAAAUGCUUAAGUAAUGGGCAAUAAAUUUGUAAUGUGGCUGAACAAAUCCAAAUGGCAAAAUCCUGCUUUUGUCUCUUCUUGCUCCCACAAUACCCACUCUCCCAAUCUUCCUAGCUUUAAGCACGUUUUGCAAAGAAUUUUCAUUUUCCCUUUGAGAACUCACUGUGCCUAAUGCUAUGCAUAAUUACAACUGGUCAAUUGUUCUAACAUGUUAACUAUGUAGAAAAGUAAGUCAUUUAGAAGAAUCCUUGGAUGGGCUGCAGCUAAGUGGUAGAGCACUUGCCUAGCAUACUCCGAACUUGAGGCCCUAGGUUCCAUCCCUAGUACCCUACUCCACCCUCCAAAAAAACACUUGGCUUCUCCCCUUUUGUGCCACAUGGGCUCACCUUGAUCCAAGAGUUACGGUGAAAAUCUUUGGUGUCAACUGAACAAUUCAUUAUCAACUCAUCAACCUCUUUUAACAUCAAGUUGUUGAAAAAACUGUGUUCAGCAAUAGGAAUAACAAAGAUUUUCAGGUUUUGCUUUCUAGUCUUUUAAAUAUUUUGUGCCCUGAUUCAACUAUCUUGUAUUCAUGAUUUCUGAGUUUAUUAACCACUUUUUAAAAUUUCUCCCAGUCCUUUUUAUAUUUUGAGACAAGCUUUCACUAAAUCAUCAAGGCUGGCUUUGAACUUAAGAUCCUCCUACCUCAGCCUUCCUAAUAGUUGAGAUUAAAGGCAUGUACACCAUGUCUGGCUAACCUUCAAUAUUUUUCAGUAUUUACAUUAGGUAUUACUGUUAUUAUUUUUUUGUGGUGCUGGGAAUUGAGUCCAGGGCCUUGUGCAUGCCAGGCAAGCACUCCACCAAUUGAGCUACAUCCCCAACUCUACAUUAGGUAUUCUUAAAAGCAUGUUCCCCCUUUUCAAACUUACUUUGCGAUAAACUCCCCUAAAUAGACAAUUUCUUAGCUUAAAAUUUGAGUCCUCCUUGCUCCCACUUUGAAAAACUUUAGGUAAAUAUUUAAUCUGGCUCAUGAGCUAAGCUUAUUAAAAUAUUCAGGUUAAUAAAAAAUUCAAUUUAAGUUGGGUACAGUAACAUACUCAACAGCUACUCAGGAGGUUAAAGCCAAAGAAAUGCAAGCUCAAGGCCAGCCUGGGCAACUUAGACCCUGUCUCAAACAGCUCUUGCCUACCACACAUGAGGAUCAGAGUCCAAUUCCCAGUACCACAAAAAACAAAAACACCCCAAUUUAAAACCAUCAAAAGUCAGUUUGAAAUUCUUGACAGUUCUUGGCAGGAGCAAAUAGUUAAGAUUUGUAGACUAGUUACAGAUUUUGAGACUAGUUACAGAAGAAAAAAAUUACCUUAAAACUUAACUUGCAUUACAUUUUGUAUAUUCAAUAGAAUCUUUCACUAAAAUUUUGACAUAUGGAAAUGUCUCACAACUAUCUACACUGUUUAGCCUCUGGAAAAUAAGGCUGAUACAUUAUACCUAAAUGUCUAAUUUUCAAUGUUAUUCCAAAUAAAUGGGUUUAUGCUAACAAUACCUUUAGCUAACAUCCUGGUUGACAGAAUUAGAGUGAGUUUUAACACUUAAGAGCUCUGCCCCAACUGGGUUGUUACUCUGGGAAUGUGUAUACAUUAGUAAGAUGUAGAUACCUACACCUCAGUCGGGAGAACACAGUGUUUAUCCAUAGUAGACAUGGAAAUAUUCUGUGGGGUUGAAUGAGACUGUCACCCCACCCUAGUUUCCAGGAAAUUACUCCUCAGCUAAAUCCAGUCUCCCAGUUACCAGUGAAGGUCAUACCUAGCAUCAGUUCACUCUUGGAAUAAUCUUUUAUUUGCACAUGUAUUGGCAUUUUCAUUACUAAGGUCUCUAUCUUACUAUAUUGCCACUUGGAAAUUUUUCUCUCACCCCUGAAACUGAUUUGAAAUUUCACCAAUACAUUCCACUCACCAAAUAAUGACAUACCAUUUUUCUAUACACUUGAAAUGAAUCAGUGCAGAAGAUUGCAUCCUCUUAACAGUUACAUUUUAACAGAAUUAAGCAUGUUACAAUCAAUACUCAACAAGGUAAACUGUAAAAUGUUGAUUAAAAAUGUUGUGCACAGGGCUGAGGCUGGGGUUUAGUGGGGGACAACUUGCCUCUCACACGAGGUAAUUAAUGGGUUUGAUCCUCAGU